GCCACAGGCUGCCUCUCUGACAAGAUGCUUCUUCUUCCUCUCGCCCUGCUGUGCUUUUCCCUGUGCUCUGGAGCCAAGGCUGGGGAGAUCAUCGGGGGUAAAGAGUGCAGGCCGCACUCCCACCCCUACAUGGCCUUUCUGGAAAUUACCAGUUCCCUGGGUAAGCUGUCAGCUUGUGGGGGUCUCCUGAUCAGAAAGGACUUUGUGCUGACGGCAGCUCACUGUGCGGGAAGGUCUAUAACAGUCAUCCUCGGAGUCCACAACAUAAGAGAGCAAGAAGGCACAUGGCAGAUGCUCAAAGCUGAGAAGCAGUUUCCGCAUCCACAAUAUGAAAACGUAACCUUUCUCAACGACAUCAUGUUACUAAAGCUGGAGAAGAAAGCCAACCUGACCCUGGCUGUGAGCACGGCCCCCCUGGCAGCCGAAUUUGACUUCAUUUCCCCCAAGAGAACAUGCCAGGUGGCCGGCUGGGGGAGAACAGAAGUGAAUGGGCAUGCUUCCGACACCCUGCAGGAAGUGAAGCUACGACUCAUGGGCCCCCAGGACUGCAUGCAGUACAGGGCUUUUGAUAACAAUCUCCAACUCUGUGUGGGCAACUCCAGGAAAACUAAGAAUGUAUUUAAGGGCGACUCAGGAGGCCCUCUAAUGUGUGCUGGGGUAGCCCAGGGUGUCGUGUCCUAUGUACGGCUGGAUGGCAAGCCCCCUGCUGUCUUCACCCGCAUCUCCCAUUACCGAGCCUGGAUCAAUAAGAUCCUUAAGGAGAAUCAACCCAGGAGCCUGGACCAGCCCAGAGGAACCUGAAUCUGACCCUGAGCAGGUUUUCUGCACAUGCACAUCAGAGUUAGCCAUCUGACCUUUAAAUGAAAUGCUGCCACAUCCCUAAGCUUCAAAAAGAUUUCUCCACAGAGAUGCUUCCUAAAUGUCAAUAAAGACCCAGCUUCAUAUUUGAA